AUGGCUCCGACCUUUGAGCUGGAGUCGAGAGGAGAGCCACCGGGCAGAACCUGCCAGUGGUCGAACACGGACUGGGGGAAGGCCUGGCCGGAGGUGGCGGCACGGAGAUCUCCGUUGAAACCGAAGGACUCCAGGACGGGGAGGGCGCUGCUCCUCGUUGAAGACGUGACCACGUCUGCGGGUAAGGACACCGUAGACACCACCCAUGGCGUUCUCGGGUACCUGAAUCUCGACCAGGUAGACGGGCUCGAGCAGAGCAGGCUCGGCCAGAAGGGCAGCGGCGUACAGGACACGACGAGCAGUGGGGAUGAUCUGGCCACCACCACGGUGGAUAGCAUCAGCGUGCAGGGUCACAUCAAGGAUGUUGAAGCGGGUAGAGCGCAUGGGCUCCUCAGCAACGGGACCUUCACGGGUAGCCCACUGGAAACCGGAGACGACGGAAUCCUUGAUUUCGUUGAGGUACUGGACGGCCUUGGUCUGGUCAACCAGCAAGUUGGCGCCAGUGCCAUCAGGACCGAAAGUCCAGAUCUUACGGGCGUCAGUGACAUCCCAGCCGAAGUCGUCAGCGAGGACACGGGCACGGGCCUUGAAAUCGUCACGGGCGGAAACCUUGCCAGCCUCGAUGGCGAGAGAGAGCUCCUCCUCAAUAGGCUCAGCAACCAUGUACAGACGGUUGUGCUUGUUGGGGGACUUGGAGAGAGCAGUGAUGCUCGACUUGCCCUGGACAGUCUCACGGUACUGGACGACGGGGUCGGAGAUAAUCAGAGGGAUACCGGCGUGGUCCUCCUCAAGAUCCUUCAAGCAAAUCUCGAGAUGCAACUCACCGGCACCAGCAACGACGUGCUCACCGGACUCAGAGGUGUAGGUAAGGACGCAAGGGUCGGACUUGGAGAGACGCUUGAGACCUUCGACCAGCUUGGGAAGAUCCUGGGCGUUCUUAACCUGGACGGAGCGCUGCACGACGGGGGAGACGGAGAACUUCAUGACCUUGAGGUUGUGGGCAGUCUCAGAGGUGGUAAGAGUACCAGACUUAAGCAGGAACUGGUCGAUACCGACGAGACCGACAAUGUUUCCGGCGGGCAUGUCGUCAAUGGGGUCGACCUUGCCACCCAUCAUCAGGACGGUACGCUGAAUAGCCUUGAUGAAGAGAUCAUCCUUCUUGCCAGGGGUGUAGUUGGGACCCUGGAUGCGGACCUUGAGACCGGAGCGGACGGUACCGGAGAAGACACGACCGAAGGCGUAGAAUCGACCCUUAUCGGAAGUGGGCACCAUCUUGGAGACGUAAAGCAUGAGGGGACCCUUGGGGUUGCAGUCACGGAUACCAAUGGCGGCCUCGUCGUCAAGAGGACCCUCGUACAGAGUCUCAGCACGGUACUUCUGGGCAGUGACGGGAGAAGGAAGGUGGAGAAUCAUCAUCUCCAGAAGGGCGUCGGCAGCGGGGAGGAAAGUGCGCAUGACAACCUUGAGCAGCUGCUUGCCCUCCUUCUGGCGGUCAUCGGCAGAGAUCUUGAGCUGGAGCUUGUCCAGAAGAGUGGUGAUCUCGUCGUUCUUGAAGUUCAUGACGGCGGAGAAGAUCUUGAAGAUGGGGUCCAGGAUGAACUGGUUGAAAGCACGCUCAAGCUGCUUGCCCUCGUGGGUACCAGACUUGGACCACUUCUUGGUGUGGGGGUUGAAGUAGUUGUCGCCCUACAAGUGAUUUCGAGUAAGUACACAAUCAUUGAAAUGCAACUGGCCUGUACCGCCAUCGUGGGAGGGGAGCAUCUGCAUUCAAGCAAGGAGGAAACUUACCCAGAGACGCUCCAUCAUCUUGCCCUUGUCAACACCGAACUUCUUGGCGUAACGGACAGCGAACUGGCGGAUAGUGAAGGCCCAGCCGUGGAGACCGGAACCGAAGGCAACGGUACCCUUGUAGGGGUAGACCUGGACAUCACCGAGAGUCUUGUCAAAGUAGGUGGAGAUGAUGACGUUAACGGACUCGAUGGUACGGGAGAAGGACUGGUAAAGAUCCUCCUUGGAGACCUGAAGCUCGAGAAGAGCACGGUCGACCUUGUUGAUGAUGAUAACGGGCUUGAUACGCUCACCAAGGGCCUGACGGAGCACAGUCUCGGUCUGAACGCAUACACCUUCGACAGUGUCGACGACGACGAGGGCACCGUCAGUGACACGGAGAGCAGCAGUAACCUCAGAGGAGAAAUCAACGUGACCGGGGGAGUCAAUCAGGUUGAUCAAGAAGUCCUGACCAUCGGUCUUCUGGCCAACGAUAUCCUUGAUAUCCUCGGGGUCAUCAAGAUGACCGUACAGAGAGAUAGCGGUGGACUUGAUGGUAAUACCACGCUCCUGCUCAUCGGCACGAGUAUCGGUGGCACGGGCCUCACCAGCCUUGGCGGAGGAGAUAAUACCGGCCUUGGACAGCAGGGAGUCGGUCAGAGUCGACUUGCCGUGGUCGACGUGGGCAAUGACGGACAUGUUUCGGACAUUGGUGGGCUUGUCCAUGAGGGCCCGGACCUCGUCGACCGUGAAGCUAUCAUGGUGAAGCAAUAUGUCAGCAAACUCUGUUUUUUCCUUUCUGAGGGCAUAGUGUUAUCUCCGGAGGGGCAGGGCGCUGUUUUUUUUGCGCUCUGGCGCCUGCGUCGCUGCAUCGAGGACGACUAG